AUGCGUAUAAACGUUAAAACUGAUACGAGCAGCACUAGUCUUUCUAUCCUGAACGAACAAUUGUCAACCAGCGAAGGAAUGCGUAUAAACGCUAAAACUGAUACGAGCAGCAUUAGCCUUCCCAGCUUGUACGAAAGAGAGUCGACCAGCGAAGAAAUGCGUGUAAACGCUAAAACUGGUACGAGCAGCACUAGCCUUUCCAGCUUGAUUGAAAGAUUGUCAACCACCGAAGGAAUGCGUGUACUUCGAAAAUUGCUGUCUUUUAUUGACGCCCGACGCGAUUCCUUGGACAACACCUUUGCGGAAGACAAUCAAUUCGUGCACUUCGGCAAUGCCGUGCACCGUGCUCGUGUCAAGGUCACGGAGAAGAACGUCACUGCGACUGCGGUAACCUUGAUCAGUGGACAAGAACCCAGUUCGAACGAUAUUAUAAGCAACAUGUAUCUGAAUUAUCCGUUUGUUUGGCUAAUUUACGACAAAAUGAAUGCAGAUAUUCUUUAUAUCGGCGUAUUUAAUGAAGUUGACAAGUGUUCUGUUAUAUCGGAUGCGAUGUUCCAAUUCGCCCUGACAAGUUUGCAUAAAUAUGCGACGAUCAAGUCAAAGGAAGAUUUUGUUUUUAGUCCGUACAGCAUAUAUCAGGAACUUUUCUCGGUUUACCUUAUCUCCAGUGGUGAUAUUGAACAGCGUUUAAAGAACAUUCUUUAUUUACCGAAUGUUUCGAAGUAUGAGUUGAUGAAAACAUUAAAUUUCGAUGCUGCCUCUAAUCUGCCUCAACGUUACGCGAUUCAGAAUAAAUGUGCUUUUUUAAACACAAUACUUCGUAAAAACAUCGAAAUAAUAAUAAAACUGUACAAAUGUGGAUUCACAUCUAAUGAGAGCAAUAAUAUCCAAGAUAUAAAUAGAAAAAUCAAUAAAAUUUUAAAAGACCUGACAAAGAAUUACAUUCUUAUACCGUUGGAAUUAAAAGUAAGAAGAAAAGCUAUGGACAUUAUUUUGACAAACAUACAUAAUUUCUACGGUCAAAAUCUACCGUGGAAAUUAAUCUUUGAACCGACAAAUAGCAGGAAUAGUGUCGACCAAUGUCUAUCGACUUCUUCCUAUCUGAAUUUUCAAACAUUUUCCAGUGAUGAAUUACAGGUGCACGUAAAAGAGUUAAUCAUCAAGAAAGAUUUCACGUCGCUUUUUAUGUUGAUACCUUUUUCAUCAAGCACAGACAAGAGAGUUAAAACUGAUACGAGCAGCACUAACCUUCCCAGCUUGAUUGAAAGAUUGUCAACCAGCGAAGGAAUGCGUAUACUUCGGAAAUUGCUGUCUUGUGUUAAAACAGAUGGAUCACUAUCUUUUGCUACUUGGCCGACUUUUAAAAUUGAAAAAAAGUUAGAUAUGCAAGUUCUGUUGCGAGAACUAGGCGUCGAUCAGUUAAUGACGCCCGACGCGAUUCCUUUGGACAACACCGUUGCGGAAAACGAUCGAAGCGCGCACUUCGGCAAUGCCGUGCACCGUGCUCGUGUCAAGGUCACGCAGGAGGACGUCGAGGCGACUGCAGUAACCGUGAUCAGUGGACAAGAACCCAGUUCGAACGAUAUUAUAAGCAACAUGUAUCUGAAUUAUCCGUUCGUCUGGCUAAUUUACGACAAAAAGAAUGCAGAUAUUUUUUAUAUCGGCGUAUUUAAUGAAUUCGACGAUUAUACCGGCGUUUUAAUAAAGUCGACAAGAAUACCGGCGCUUGGAAUGAAAUCGGUUUCACAGAAUGGAUUAACAAAAAAUUGUAUAAGACACAUCCUCCGAGUCGCUCGCGACGUUCAACUUAAUCGUCGGGAUGUUUAAAAGUCUUUAUUACUAUGAUUAUUAAGAGGGACGUCAGUUACGAGUUUUUAGAUAUUUGAUUAAUUAUGGAGAGUUUGUUUGAAAAAAACUUUACAGCUAAUCAUU